UUUCGGAAUGCGCAGAAAAUCAAAAACCACACGUUUUCUUGGCGUUGUUUGUUAUCCGGCGUUGCGUUUUUAUUAAAGUUUAUCAUUUAUUUCUGCAGUUACAAAAUAAAAUGUAGUGUAAGGCUACUAUCCGAUGCCUAUACCUUUGUUUUUAUCCAAAAUUUGCAAUCUAAAGUACAAUAAACAUGUAGCCGCAAAUUAAAUUACAGUAGGUACGAUGUUUGCAAUAGCAGCGUUCCCAACACCCAUUUGACACCGAUGUAGACUUAUAGAUGGAUCAUACUUAGCAUAAAGAGUAGUGAUGGCUUCACCGACGCAGCCGGACGCGGGCUGGAUGGAGCAGGCAGAGACCGUGCUAGGCCGCAAGCUGACCUCCAUAGACUUGGUCGGUGGGAUAUACUGCACCAUCUGUCAGUCAACAUUUAGUAACAAAAAAGAAUACGACAUUCAUUAUGUGGAUCACGAAAUUGGCGAUGCCGACAUAGGGUACACCUGUGUCGUGUGUCGCAAGCAGUUUACCGGCUACCCUAGCUUCCGCAACCAUUGCUACUUGGCUCAUGUUGCUAAAAACAAGCACAAGUGUGAACAUUGCCCCAAAUCAUUUUCGAAACAAUCAAUUCUGAAUAAUCAUAUUGACACAACUCACAACUUCAAAUGUGAACCUUGCCAAAAAUUAUUUCCAUCUAAAAAAGAAUUGCAUACUCAUCAGAUCAUACAUGGCAAGGACAAGCCUCCGUACUUUUGCCAAGAGUGUGGCAAGACAAUUGAAAGCAUUGACAUGUGUGAGUUCCAUAUUGACGAGCACUCCACCACUCUGUACACCUGCCCCAUCUGCAACGAGACAAACAACAACAAAGUGGAUGCUGCUAAACAUCUUACUCAUCACUUUGGCGAAGUACUUACCGAUGAUGACAUUACUGCUUCCGAUAUUGGGGACCACUGCUCCAUUGACAUCCUUGGAGGUGUCCUCUGUAACUACUGCGACGAAUUAUUCAAGAACCGAGUAGAGUUUGACACACAUUUCACUACAGAACAUGGAGAUAAGCCACUGGUAUACUCCUGCAACAUUUGUGGGAAACAGUAUGACAAGUAUCAUUUGUUUGGGAACCAUUGCUAUAAUCACAUGACCAAAGAUAGAUUUGAGUGUACUGAGUGCGGUAAGACGUUCCCGCGCCUGUCCCUGCUGGUGACCCACACGGAGGCGUACCACUCGGAGGGCUCCGGGGAGAAGCCGUUCCUGUGCGGGGAGUGCGGGCACGGGUUCAAGUCCCCGCGCCGCCUGAGCCAGCACGCGCGCGCCGUGCACGCCACGUGCGCCCUGCGCUGCACGCAGCCCGCCUGCCCGCUCACGUUCGAGUCCCUGAAGGAGCUGCUGCUGCACCAGCGCUCGCAUCGCGCGCGGCGCGGCCCGUGGUGCCGCCAGUGCGGCCUGCAGUUCACGACGCUGUGGUCGUGCGAGCGCCACCUGGACGUGCACCGCAAGAAGAGCUACGCGUGCCCCGUGUGCGGGCGGACGUACCGCGAGAAGUACCUCAUCCUGAAGCACAUCCCGUCGCACUUCGAGUCCGUGCUGCACGUGUGCAAGGUGUGCGGCAAGGUGUUCUCCCUGCGCAGUCGCCUCGUGCAGCACUCCAAGACGCACUCCGACCUGCGCGCCUACAAGUGCUCCGUCUGCAACAAGGGCUUCAUGAAGGCCUCCGUCCUCGAGCAGCACCUCAACAUCCACACCGGCUUCCGCCCCUACAAGUGCACCGUCUGCCCCAAGACGUUCGCGAGUCACCCCAACUGGUACAAACACCUGCGCCGCGUUCACAACGUCGACAAAGAAGACAUCAAGAACAGUAAAGACAACCAGAACAAAACUAUCACUGCUACUGAACCGUCUCCCGCUACAGUAAACGACACUACCGAUGCCAAAAUGAAAAUCGAAUCAGGAAUCGAUUCUACCAGUUCAGAAAUGUCUAUAGAGACAAACUGUUUCAUGGAGUCAGACGAUAGUACGAUGGAUAGCCUCGAUCCGACAAUUAUUGAGAAAGAUUGGUGUGUCUCAAAUGAAAACUUCAAAAUAGAAAAUUUACAAGAAAAUGUUCAGUAUACAGAUAUGCUGCCAAUAAAUAAUACUACAUUUGACUUCGAUGUAUCUCAGCUGGACAGCCUGGUGGCGGAGUACAGCGCGGUGGCGGCGGCGCCGACCGGGGCCGUCGAGCCGCGCGAGUACGGGCCGGACUGCGGCGCGGGCGCGGGGCUGCCGGCGCUGGACGGGGUCCUGGACCUGGACGACCACCUACUGCCGCAUAUAGACCCCCUGCUGACCAUCAAGACGCCGGCCACGCCGUCUGCCUGGGAGCCGCUCAUCACCAAGGUAUACCACGGCUUUGACGACGCCGACCUCAACCGACUCUCCAUCAUGAACACCGACAUAUUUUGAAACACUGUUCGCUCCCCCGUCGCACUCGAGUGGCUGACGUGCGAUACCAUAUUAAUAGUAGAUGUUAAUAGUAAAUAAAAUAGUAUUCGUACAGGCCGGGCGAGUUUGAUCGCUUCGGAUAGAUCCUCCUUUAUAAAUAUACCACAGUUGUGUUUGUGUUGCACCGGUGCUACGAUCAAAACCGCUCGGCCACCUACACAGCUACCUCAGGCAAACUACUAUAUACCUCAGUAAUCCAUAGGAAAUAUUUUAAUGUAACUGUUGAUAUAUACAUUUAUAUAACAUAGAUCCCACCAAACAUUAGUUGGUUAAUGUUCUUAAUCAUAUUCAUAAUAAUGCUACCUCAUUUAGUUGUUUAAGUUUAUCGCGUUAGAUUGUUGCUUAAACGUAUGCCUCGUCGUUCAGAUGUAGAACAGAAUGUAGUUAUGUGCCAUUUGAUGAACAGCUGGUGAAACUGGACUAGAUUCACGUACUGCGGGCAAUAUUAUAUAGACGUGUCUGCCUCCAUUAUCCACAUAGACUUUGAGUUAGCUACUCAAACUCGAAUAAUUAUAUAUAUUUACAACCGACUCGCCCCCUGACUUUACGGUGAUCCAAUGGAAUCGGAUUAUCGCGUUUUAAUUUUCCCUUUACUCACGACACUAAAC